AGCACAGCCACAGCAGGGGUACAUAAUUGGUUUUGACUAUGUUCAAGGCACAGAGGAGUGUGCUCUCCUCCUCACCAUCAUGAGGAAUUGUAUCUCCCUCCUCUUCCUCUACCUCUACCUGAGCUCAGGUGGUCUCCUCACAUUCACAUUUGAAGUGACAGGCUGCACUGGCGGCACUGUUGUUAUCAAGUGUGGAUAUGACUACGAUGAGUGUCAACAGAACGAUAAGUAUUUCUGCAAGGACACAAAAACACGUUUUAAAAAAUGCGAUGAUCUAAUUAGAACUGAUGGUCUUAAAUAUCAGUGGGUGAAUGAUGGGAGGUUCUCUCUGUAUGACAACACCACUGGAGGAUUCUUCAUGGUGAGAUUCAGACACCUGACCCUACAGGACACUGGGGUAUAUCAAUGUGCUGUGGAUAUAGAGUUGUUUCCCGACAGAUAUACAGAAGUGGAUUUGCAGAUAAUGGAGGAUACAUGCUGUAAGGCCCUUAAACUGUCUGCCUAUGAGGGAGAAAUAGUGAAUAUCAGCUGCAAGUUCCCACAAGAGUUCAAAAGCAAACCCAAAUAUUUCUGUAAGGAGGAUGGAGAUCUGGGAUGUAAGUACAGACUAUCAACUCCAGAGGACCAAACCUGGGUUGGUGAUGAGAAGCUCUCUCUCCAUGACAACAGAGAUGGAGUCCUGACUGUGUCCAUCUCCAGCUUCAGCGCCAGUGAUGCUGGGUCAUACUGGUGUGGAGUGGACAUGGGGGAUUAUGAGGCCUUGAUCACAAAUGUACAGCUGACUAUAAGAGAUGCAAGUCAAACGACCUCAUCGAUGAUACAUCUAUCAUCAGCAUCUCCAAAAACAUCACUAUCGUCAUCAUCUUCUUCUUCAUCAUCAUCACCAUCAACAACAACAAUAGCACUAAAUAUGGGCUCUGGUCUGCUCAUCCCAUUAUCUGUGAGUGGAGCAGUUCUUAUCACCAUUACCAUCAUCAUCAUCAUCUGUAGAUGUAAGAGGUACAACACACAGGUGUCCAAGAUGUCUACCAUGAUGAUGGCAACUGAAGAGAACAAUACACAGGUUGGCAACGAAGAAGCAUCCUAUGAUGAAGUUAAAGACGUUAGACUGCAUGCUAAUUCGGGGACCGCUGAAUCUACACUUAGCACGGUUUACGCCACCGCACAACUACCCACAAUCCCCUCUGAUUCCCCUACGUACGCCUCUGUACAGGGUGCAGAUAUAUCUGCAGACACUCCAACUUAUGCUAGGUGUGUGUUUAAUGACAGCACACACAGGUCCUCUGCCAUAAGUACAGGUAGAGAUGACAACUCAUGUAACUAUGCAUCUGUGAAACGUCAAUGAAUCUGUGAAUCCACUGCAUUUGUGCAAUGUGAAUGUUGUCCAGUGACUGUACAAAUCAUAAACAAGAUCUAGGCCUACUCAGUGGAAAACAACUCUACUAAAACGGUAAUUUAAACACAUUGAUUUUGACCAGAUUGACUACUUUUUUAACAAUUUUUUCUUCACAUUUUGAUUGACAUGUUGAAAAGAAGACCUAUAGCCAAAAGAGUCUGUCUGUAUGUUAUUAAAAGCUCCACCUCCAUCUAGUGUCACACUUGUAUCAUUGCAUGUUGUAAUGUCACAGUUCACAGUUGAGGCUAUUUUAUAAUUCACAUAUUUCUGAAGAAAAAAAACCAUUCCGUUUACUUUGAUUUAUUGAUUACGGGUAUUAUAACCACAUCUUUCAGAUGAAUACAGUACUUUACAGUAGGUCAGUGCAUCUUGUCACGCAGAGGGAAUAAAGAUUGUUUGUUCAUGCAUUGGUAAAUAUACUGUAAGCAAACAGUAUGCACAUUGAUUAUCAGUGUAUCUAGCUUAUCAGGCUCUGAUAAGAGCCAAAAAGAGUUUGAUAAGAGAGUCCAUGUCAGAGACAAACUCUGUAUGUGCAAGUGGACAGGCUGGACGGAUGUGAUGACCAAGGUGUUUCUCUUCUCUUUUCAUUCCUUAUACUCUCCUCGUAUCACACUCGUCCUUACAUUUAACUUUCCUCUGUCUUUCUCAGUACGUCACAUCACAUUUAUUCAGUUACCAGACGCUUUUAUUCAAAGUGAAUUACAUGUCUAUUAUAUUACAAAGGCCUUUGUCAUCAUGAGCAACUCUGGGUCAAGUGCCUUGUUCAAGGGCACAACGGUGGAGGCCGGGUAUUGAACCUUUUCAACCUGCAACUCUUCAGGCUACUGCAUGCUAGCUCCUUAGCCACUAUGCUACCACUGCCCAGCACUUCCUGCAUCUCAUCUGUGCCUGGCUGGCCAACUGUCUCUUUUAUGUGCCUGUAAAAUUAGACUUUGAUUUCUACAGGUUUAGUUUGCUGAGGAUGUCGAUCAGGCAGAUGGUGUUGAACCAAAUAUGUUGGUACCGAAUCAACCCAAUAGUAGAAGUCAAGAAAGGGACUAUGUUUUGAAUAUUUGUACACAUCAAUAAAAUGGUGUAAAUUUGUUUCAUAUGCAUGCAUUUUGAUGUAUGUGUACAAAUAUGUGUUUAU